CCGACGUCGUGCCGUCACCAAGACGCGCCCCGGCUCUGCCGUGGCAACUGCGGUGCUCCGCGUUCCGCCAUGUGCCAGGUGGGCGAGGACUACGUGGAACCGCCGCCCCGGGAGCCCCCGCCGGUGCCCAGGCCCGGCUGUGGGCAGAAGUGUGUGAAGUGCAAGCAGGGCGAUCCGGUGGUGGUUAUCCGAGCUGGAGAUGCCUUUUGCAGGGACUGUUUCAAGGCCUUCUAUGUCCACAAGUUCAGAGCCAUGCUAGGGAAGAACCGGCUCAUCUUUCCUGGUGAGAAGGUGCUCUUGGCGUGGUCUGGUGGUCCCUCAUCCAGCUCCAUGGUCUGGCAGGUCCUUGAGGUGCGUCCACACCACCCCCAGGGCCUGAGUCAGGACUCUGCUAAGAGGCUGCGCUUCGUGCCAGGAGUCGUCUAUGUGGAUGAGGGUGCAGCCUGCGGCCAGAGCCCAGAGGACAGAGCAAAGACCCUGGCUGAGGUGAAGCAGGUUUUGCACGUCGUCAACUUCCCGUGGCACCUGGUGGCCCUGGAAGAGGUGUUCAGCCUGCCACCGUCGGUGCUGCGGUGCUGUCCCCAGGAGCCAGCUGGGACGGAGGGUGCCUACAAGUCCGCCGUGGACAGCUUUCUCCAGCAGUACCACGUGCUGGGGGCCGAGGGGGCUGAGGACAGCUGCGGCCGGGCUCGGGGGGAGGAGGAGCGGCCCUGGCCCCAGAGCCAGGACCCCCACAGCCUCCCGAGCCCAGCUGGGCCCCCCUCUGCCGCCCAGACCGAGGCCCUGUGUAGACUGUUUGAGUCUGUGAGGACGCUGACGGCCAAGGAGGAGCUUCUGCAGACCCUGCGGAGCCACCUGAUCCUGCACGUGGCUCGAGCCCACGGCUACUCCAAGGUGAUGACCGGGGACAGCUGCACCCGCCUGGCCAUCAAGCUCAUGACCAACCUGGCCCUGGGCCGAGGAGCCUUCCUCGCCUGGGACACGGGCUUCUCGGACGAGCGACACGGGGAUGUGGUGGUGGUGCGGCCCAUGAGGGACCACACUCUGAAGGAGGUGGCCUUCUACAACCGUCUGUUUGCUGUUCCCUUAGUCUUCACACCGGCUGUGGACACUAAGGCCCCCGAGAAAGCCAGCGUCCACCGGCUGAUGGAGGCCUUCAUCCUCAGGCUGCAGGCCCAGUUCCCCUCCACGGUCAGCACUGUGUACAGGACAGGAGAGAAGCUGGUCAAGGCGCCCAGGGACGGCUGUGGUGGGGGGCCCUCAGGCCCUCGGUGCCUCCUCUGCCUGUGCACACUGGACAUCGACACUGCUGACAGUGCCACGGCUUUUGGGGCUCAGACCUCGAGUCUCUCCCAGAUGCCGCCGUCCACCCUUCAGGCUGAGGCUGGGACGCCCACAGCACCCUGCUGCGCUGUAGGCGAGGGCCCUGGCUGUUGCUGGAAGGCCCGUGGGAGGACGGACGAUGCCCAGGCGCAGGUCACCCAGCAGCUGUGCUACGGCUGCAGGGGGAACAUGAGCGACCUCCCCUCCCUGGACCGCUUGCCGCCCUACAUCCUGGCCGAGGCCCAGCUCCGCAGCCAGAGGGCCGGGGUCAUGCAGGAGAUCCAGGAGUAUCUGAUUGAGGACAGCAGUGACGAGGCAGAGGGCCCGCAGAGCUGAGCCCGGGACGUGGCCUGUGUGGGCAGCUCUCGCCCGGGGCUGGAAGGCAAGGAUACAGGGCUGGCUGGGGCUUGUCCGUUUGCAUAAAUAAAAAGGUUUUAAUUAGAAAA